UGUAUUAAAUUAUAAGGGGUUGUAUUAGAUAUUAUAUACUUUGUAACUGUUGUAACUAUCUACUGAUGAAUGCAUGCUAAUUCACUCUUAUUCCUUAGUUGGUGUUACCUCUGAACCAAAUUCACUAUUAGAAAUUUAGAAUGUUUAUUAUUUGCUUGUCGGUUGACGGGUACUAGGUUGUCUUUAAUUUGUAAAAGAACUAUUUAACAUACUCUUACUCUUGAUUUUAAAAGUUGUACAAAAGCUCAGCUCGAAAUCCUAAUGGAAACUAACUAAUUGGACUCUAAAUGUCUUCGCUUAACUCAUAUUCUGCGGAACUGAUUGUAAAAUAGGUGAACCCUUGUUGUUUAGAAAGUAAUUGGACCACAGGCAAGGGUCAAUAACAAGGAAGAUUUUUCACAAAAGGCAGAUUUGAUAUCGAUGAGAGCGCAAGAAUGUUCAUAAAUGAAAGCAGUAGGCUGAAAGGAACAACUGAAGUGACAGCUGGUUCAUUCUAAUUGAUAAAUUGACUCGAGCAUACAGCAGAUUCUGUGGAUAUGGAAACUGAUCAGAAACCACAAGUUAUUUACCGCUGCAAAAGAUGUCGAAGAAUUGUUGCCUCUCAAGGGAACGUAGUUUCUCAUGAACAGGGUGAGGGUGAGAAGUGCUUCAAAUGGAACAAAAGAGAUAACUCAAAGGGAACAGAUAAGAAACCUGAAUGCUCGUCAAUAUUUGUGGAGCCCAUGAAGUGGAUGCAAGCCGUGGAAGAAGGGCAUGUGGAGGAGAAACUUUGGUGCUUGGGUUGCAAGGCUCGCUUGGGUUCGUUCAACUGGGCCGGCAUGCAAUGCAGCUGCGGAGCGUGGGUGAACCCAGCUUUUCAGAUACAUAAAAGUCGGAUAGACGAAUCCGCUUCUUGAAGUGGUUUUUCUUUGUUCAUUUUCCCUGUGAAAACACUAGUUUGUCAAAUUAGAACAUUCGGCAUGUCAAUGUUUAUGGCGGUUAUGGUUUAUUAGUAGACAUAGUAAUGCAAAAUGAGAGCAAAGGUUGCAUCACUGAGACUAUGAUAAAUCUUAUGAGUCUAGCUUUACGACAGCUUUUCUAUUCAAGAAGCAUCUGUUAGCUGAAACAAAACUCAGAAACUAGAAAAUGUGUACAAACCAAGAAGGGAUAGGACUUUUUUCUUUUUCUUUUUUUGGUGGGUUUUUGCUUAGCAUAGGUCAAAAGCUAAGGGAAUGCACCGAGACAAAACUCUUGUUUGAAGCAUGCAUAUUAUAGUCUCUUGAUUUAACUUUUUGUAUUUAUUA